AUGUUUUAAAUACAUAAUUUAAGCAAUUUAUUACGUAAUCGAGUUUCGAUGAUGACGUCUUGCACGUCGUGUCAUUUUCGUGGCGGUUUUUUCGAAGAAUCCCUUCGUAGCUUAGUUGCUUUACCAAAAAUUUUCAUAAAUGUAUUUAUGUAAUAAUAAAGCGAGCAAAAGUAAAUAUCGUGCGACUAAAGUGUUAACGUUAAUAUUUAUGACAAGAAAAAGUUGAAGAGUGAAGCCAAGAGGAAGGAAGUGACGUUUUGGAAAACGAGAUGAAAUAUUCCGGGAAAUGUCACGAGUAGCACACGUGUUGUGUCGAUCGUUCCUGUUAGCGUUUAAGCGUUGUUUAUUCGGUCUUUAACGUGACAAGAUGGUACGCUGCAAAGAAAAUCUACGCGAAAUCAGUAACGAGGAACAAACGUAUUUGGAUUGUGUAGACGGAAAAGUACUUAGAUCAGAUGAUUCUUCGGAGCGUAAAUUUUAUUUUACAACAUUGGAAGUUGUCGGUAUUAUUUGGUCGAUUAUAACUUUUCUAUUUGAUACCGUAAUGGAUAUCGUGGUAGCUUAUUUACAUUACACGGAUGGAAAUAUCAAAUAUUUCAUUUUGACGACGAUAUUUAUUAUUGUUCCUGCUCUAACCAUGACGUGCUUUAGUAUUCGUUGGUACCUACAAGAUUUGAGAAUAUUGGAAGAAGCUAAAAUACCCAAGCCUUCUCGUUUAAAAUGGUUUGCUCGUUCUGUUCUACUUACAUUCCAAUUAGGACCAGUUCUGAGAUAUGUAGAUUCGCUAAUAUAUGGUUUAAAAUCUCGGAAAAAGAAAGAUAGGACUACCGAAUUUUAUUACCAAAGAAUGCUUUUUGAAGAUACUGAUGCUGCUCUGUUAAGAUUAUUUGAAGCUUUUAUGGAAGCUGCUCCUCAAUUAGUAUUACAAAUUUAUAUAAUUGUUAAAAAAACGCCACACGACUCGGAUGAUACUUUAACUGUGGUAGCUCAAGGUUUAUCAAUUCUGGGAUCUCUGCUUUCUCUUUCGUGGGCUUUGGCAUAUUAUCAUCGUGUUUUACGUCUGUCUCUUCAGAGCAAACAAAAUAUUUCAUGGACGGGAACAAUUCUUCAGAUAUUAUGGCAUUUUUUUAUAAUUUCUGCACGAGUACUCAGUCUUGGUUUAUUGGCAACUUUGUCCCCUAUUAUUCUUGGUAUUGCUUGUUUUUGUCAUUGGUUAAUAAUGACAUCUUGGAUUAUUUCAAUGAAAACAAGAUUUUGUGAUACUAAAUUUGAAGAAAUAUUUUACAAUGCAGUAUUGGGUGUAAUUUUCAUCUUUUGCUAUUUUAAUCCUAUUGAUUCACCGACAAGAUUUCGGUACACAAUUUAUUUCAUCAUCACAUUCAUAGAAAAUACCAUUAUAAUAGCAGUAUGGUAUAAUUAUGUUGAUCCGUUACCUUGGUUUUAUUUGCUUGCCAUUUUUAUUGUUGUGCUUAGUUUCAUCAUUGGCAUUUUCUUCAUGGUUCUUUAUUAUUUGAUUUUUCAUCCAACUGGAGAAAUAUCAAUGUGGAGAAAAACUAAUAUUCUUGACCAAAACAAUGAAAGUGUUCCCAAGAAGAUAGAUGCUUAUUCAAAUUCUCAGAUUGAAGAAUAUGUAUAUUUUUAAUACAAAUGUGCCAUUAUUUGAUGUUAUUAAAUACAAGCACUUCCUCACCUCAACUUUUGGAUGAAAUGUGCUCUUAAAAAUUUGUCCAAACAUUGAAUGUUCAAAAUUUCAGAAGUAGAGUUGCAUGCUAUAAAGGAGGUUCUGUUCCUAGAGAGCAAAAAAAUUAUAAAAAUUAAAUAUAUUAAAGUAGAAAAGUUUGUUUUAUAUUUUGUUAUAUAUUCACUGUAAAAAAAAUUACAAUAAAACCAUGAUUUAAUGAACUAAUUACAGUGGGAAAAUGUCCAUUAAAGCUAAAAGAUUUUUGUAUAAUAAAGUAGGUUUUUUAAAUGAAUUUGUUAAAUAAAAUAAAAUAAAAUUUGUUUUUAGAUAAAAACUGACUAAUUUGUCAGUUUUUUUAUCUAAAUAAACAAACAAACAAACAUUUUUGGAAAAUACACUUUAAUUGUUCUGAAGAGUGAUGACUUGGAUUUGAAAAAUUAAAUUAAUUUAAUUAUAUAUAAAAAGCAUUUUAAAAUUAACAGUGUCAAUUUUUACAUAUGACAUACAGACUGGAAAUUUUGUCCAUUAAACCAAGGUUUAACUACAUUUAAAAUAAAAUAUAAAACAGACAAUUAAAAUUAAAUUUCACAAAUGGUUUCAAUGUUACCAAAACUGUACCAUUGUAUGUUAGCUAGAAAUCUUUGUUUGUUGACUGAAAAAUAUACAAAAGUAUGAAUUUGGUAUAUGAAAAGUAAGAUAACAGCAUCAAAGUAGCAUUAACAAAAAAACAAGUGUCUAAAAAUUGAAAGUUGCUUGUAUUUAUUAUAAGUAACCUUAGUAAUCAUUGAAAAUAUUUUUCAGCAAAUAAGAAAUUAAUGCAUGUGUGUAUUUUCUCUAAGACUGUGCAUAUAAAUUGUUUCAAUAAAUGUCAUUUUUAUACUACAUAACUUUAAUUAAUUUUUGUGUAUAGAUUAUCUGAGGUUAUUCUAUAUUAUAUUAUUUGUGGUAUUUGGUUUUGUGCAUUUUCCUCUCAGUAAAUACUGAGAGGGAAUUUGUAAGUUAACAUCUGGAAUGCUGAUGUCCAGAUUUUGAUUAGCUUAACUUUUAAUUUUUUAAUGCCUUUACUUCCGAAGAGGGUCUAAAGACCCAAAAAAUAUUCACAAAUAUGUUUUUAUAUAUUAUCUACAUAAAAAUAGUCUAUGUAGUUGUUUUUAUUAACAUAUGAAUCAUAUGUGAGAAGAUAUUUUUUAGUAUAUUGUUAUAACUCCAAAUGAUGUGUUAACAAUGUUCCUUCAGAAUCGUAGAUUUAAAAUUUAAGAGAACUUAAUGUUAAAAGUUUAUGAAGUAAAUGUAAAUAAGUUAAGUAAAUCAAAGUGCUUUCUAGUCUUCUUCAUAAUAAGGUACUGUACAAUAAAUUUAUAAAAAUUUAAAUAAGUUUUAAAUUUCAUUUUUAAAAUGAAAAUUAAAGCCAUUUAAAUAACAAAAUUUAGAAUGUUGUUUCUAAAAAAGUAAUCAUUAAAGUUUGCUCUUUUGUACAUAUUUGUUACAGUAA